UUGUGACUGAGAUAAUUUGUUUUUUUGAGGUUAUGUAUCGAGUGAAGUGUUAUUGUUAAUAUUGUUAUAAGGUCAAUGAAGCUAUCAAUUGAUUGGAUUGGAUAAUAAUGGGGGUUUUUAGGUACUGGUGGGGCUUUCCGUAAUAUUAAUAAGUAUUUGCAAUUUUCAUUGCAGAAGUAUUUAUUAGCAGAAAUCGUUCUGUAUGCGCAAACAAUUAUUUAUAUUUUAGGUGAUAGUUUAUAUCAUAAAAAUGUUAUCUAAUUUAAUCAAAAUUACAUUUUUGACUUUAAUAAUUAUGGAAACAAAUUGCAGUGAAUUAAGAUCUUUGCAGCUGAAACAUCAAUCUGCACAUUUAGAUGCUGGUACUAUCUAUUAUUUAGCUGGGUUGUCGGAUACUUCAUAUACCAAUGAGGUCUUAGAUCAUAUUUUAAUACCACGUGUGGUUGGGACUGCCAAUCAUAAAAAAGUACGUGAUUAUAUAGUAUCAGAACUAAAGAGUUUACACUGGACUGUAGAUACUGAUCCCUUUGAGGACAAAACCCCAAUGGGUACAAAGACAUUUAUAAACAUUAUAGCUACCUUGAAUCCCAAAGCUGAGAGGUUUUUGGUACUUGCUUGUCAUUAUGAUAGCAAAUAUUAUCCAGACUUUGAUUUUAUGGGGGCGACCGAUUCCGCGGUUCCGUGCGCUAUGAUAUUGAAUUUAGCAAAAAUUUUACACACCGAAUUAAAAAGCUUGAAGUCCAAUGAUAUACUUAGUUUGAAACUUCUAUUCCUUGACGGAGAAGAGGCAUUCGAAAAAUGGGGCCCAACAGAUUCAAUUUAUGGCGCCAAACACUUAUCCACCCUUUGGGAAAGAAAUAGAAGAACAUCUAAAUUAACUAAUGAAGUCGUUUCUGAUUUGGAGAGAAUCGACCUUUUUGUACUGUUGGAUCUUAUAGGGCAUAAAGGUACUCGUUUCCUCAGUUGUUUUGAAGACACUCAACAUUGGUUUCUGCAAAUGGCCAAAAUUGAAGACAAACUAGCAGAAUUAGAUCUAUUAAAGAACAACAGAGGGCGCUAUUUUGAAAAAAGGAAAUAUGUUGGAUAUAUCGAAGAUGAUCACAUUCCAUUUUUACAGAAACAUGUGCCUAUUAUGCAUUUAAUAUCAAUCCCAUUUCCUACGGAAUGGCAUACAGAAAACGACAAUAGGGACAUUAUCGAUAUGAAAAUCGUAGAAGAUAUAAAUAAAAUAUUGCGAAUUUUCGUCGUUCAAUAUUUAAAUGUGUUAGUACAACCAUCUAAACAUACAUCUCAUCACGGAAAAUAAAUUAUUAAUCUUUUAAGGUUUUUACACCAAGCCAAAGGACGUCCGGUUUUUAUUUGUAAUAUAAUAUGAGAAUUACAGAGUUAAAUAAUUUGAAAAUUCGAAAACGAAUCUUAAAAAUCCCCCUACGAAUUAUUAAGACCCCAUAGGUGAAAACAAAUAAUCGGAGAUUUAAAAAAAAGAGAAUCAAAUCCGAACAUUCUUGUAUGCUAGACAAAUGCCUUUUCUUUUAGACCAUCCUCGAUUUCUUAUUUUCGUAGGGAAGAAAAUUAGGGUUUAUAUUUUCACAUUGGCAAAAAAUUGCAGUUUUCCGAAAUCAACCAAUAUUUUCUUUCCUU